AUGGGGUCGUCGCCUGAAAUGGAGAGCUUUGGAAUAUCGGAUGCUGAUUAUGCCCAUAUGAUGGAUCCUCUUCAACAAAGAAGAAAGCAGACGAAGAAGCAGACAAUAUAUGGGGUUUUUGCAUCCGACGAUUCUGAUUCAGAGACCGAACUAAGUGGUUUUGGAAGACGUGAUGCUGGUUCCAAGCGUAAGGGUGCCAAUUAUUCAACACCGAUCACCUUUGUCAGUGGUGGACUGAAGUUAGGUGCGGAAAGUGGUUCUGAUCAGAAGGAAACUGAUGCCCAAGAAGCUGAUCCCAUUUCGGAUGAAGAAGACGAUAAACGCGUGCUUUCCAGCUUACGUCCCUGCCAUGAUUCGGACUCAGACUCUCCAGAAUCUAGUGCUGUUCAAAGAGUGGGGAAAGUGUCUGUCGGGUUUUAUGGAUCAGAGAAGACUGCUGCUCCCCGUCGCGGUAAUGAGACUGUUGUGGAAGAGUCAGGUUCCAGUGGACCACGUUAUAAAAAGAAACCAGGGACGCAACGUAAUCAGUUAGUAAAACCUGUGUAUGAGUAUAAAACUGCCGAAGAACUCGUUGCAGAUCUUUGUCCUGCGACCCCUGCAGCUGCUGUGAAGCGACAUGGAAUAUUCCUUGAAAACAGUGCACUAUCCAAAGUCAAAGUAAUUGACAUGACAAGCAAAGAACAAAAAGUAUAUUCUGGCUAUGAAGCUGCCUUAUCUCGCGUUGUGCAAAAGCGCAAAAGACCAGGCGAUAGCUCUACGCUUUCAGAUGAAGAAGGUCCAGAUGCUGAUGGUAAUCGGAUCGAGAAGCGAAUAGAGGGGACAUUUUUUGAUUGUCCUGCACUCCGGCAUAA